AUGAGCAGCACUUCCCCUUUAGCGCCAAAUACACCCAGCACACCAUCUUCUUUGACAGCAAUUACAACAGGCAUAUCAUUCAAACGUCAAUUCAAGCCUUAUUUCACUAAAAGACAGUUGGCUACACUCGCCAGUUUGAAGAAAUCUGGCACUUUGGCAGUGAAAGAGAACGCAGCACGACACACGUAUUGUAAAUUCAUACAAGAUGUUGGAAAGAAACUAGGCUUCCCACAAAAGACAAUCAGCACCUCACAAGCACUCUACCAUCGAUUCUAUUUGUAUUAUUCUAUUCGUGAUUACGCUCCUCAGGAUGUUAGUGUCACAUGUCUAUUUGUCGCAUCAAAGAUUGAGGAAACAAUCAAAAAGUUAAAGGACAUCAUUGUAGCAGUGCAUAGUGUGAAAUACCCUGACAAGAAAGAAUUAGACCCAGAGCAGAUAUCCGAUGAAAGAAGACGUAGAAUCAUCAAUUACGAAAAGCUGUUGCUCGAGACACUAAGCUUUGAUUUUCAACUGCGGCAUCCUUAUGAAUAUGUGAUUAAAUUCAUAAAAUGGAUUCAAGCCUUUCAGCCUACAUUAGACAGCAAGAGAUUAGCUCAAAAGGCCUAUUCCUUGGCAGUAGAUAGUUACAAAACACUCGUGUGCAUAGAAUAUCCAGCUCAUACAAUCGCUGCUGGUUGUAUAUAUUUGGCUUCUCGACUGUUGAAGGAUGAGGAUGAGUCAUUUCAGGGCUUGUCGGCAUCAGAGCCUUGGGAUCAACACUUUUUAUCACGCAUGGAAGAUAUUGAAGACGUUUGCCAACAAAUUUUGGACCUCUACAUUGCCAUCAAUUAUCGAGAUGUAACACAUUUAACAAAAAUUAAGAUUGCUUUGAACGAGCAGGCGCAAUUGAGAGGACCUGACAAUAUUAUGGAUGAUGUGACAAAGGAAGAAGUCAAGCUUCAAACAUCAGAUUGGGAAUUUGAUAGUGCCUCUAAUCCAUUAGACGUUGUAAAUACAAAUCAGCAUACAGUAUCCUAUCAUUUUUCAACCUGCUAA